AUGUCUGGUAACCACAACACCCAGAUCCAACACGAAAUCUUCAAAGCGCCGGCCCGCGCGCCUGACAGCCUGGCAGAUAACUCGGACGAAGAACUCGAAGUGGUACCCCGCUAUAUUACCCGUUCCGACACCCAAGACGUCGGAGCGUCUUCGUGUGUUCAACAAGUACUGAGGUCGCCCGACGGAACUGUCGUUGAGCAGACAGAGAUUGGCUACUUUCCUCCAGUAUCAGGUCAGAGUCUCCAGUAUCCUCCAUUUGCGCAGUAUGGGUAUCAGCAGACACCAAUGCCUGUGAUAUGGCCCGCCCGAAAGUACAAGAGGAUCAAGAUCAAAUUCAACGCUGCCAACGAACGCAUACGGAUUUGCAAGACGAAGGACGGGAAGUACGUCUGGGUGGACUUUGGCGUUGUGAACGGGGCCUACGGGCUAGCCAAGAGGCCGAAGUACUACAUUGAGAGGGGAAGGGUCUUCGACCGCCACCUCAACUUUGAGACUGCAGCGAAGGACAUCAAGAAGCUCUGCUUUCCGCGCGAGAUUUGCGAGAGAACUAUCAGCGACGCAGCAUUCGCCCUUUGGGAAGAUCUGACCAAGAGCGCUUGGCCCCCAAAAGGGCUAUUGAAGGAAAAGGACAACUUCGAAUUCAUCAAGAACGAUGAAAAUCUCAUCACACCCAAGGAGAUUACGGCCAUCCGCGCCAAGUUCGCAGAUCCCAAGAGCGACUUCAACGUCGGCGACUGCACUCGACUGCAAAAGGCGGUCGCGAAGCAGAACGGCGGCAAAGCGCCGAUGGCACAAGUCCUUCUCGAUGCGAGGAAGGCCGCCGGGGAUUGGGACAUGUCGCCAUGGGAUGACUCCAGCAAGGACGUCCUCGUCUUUCUCAUGUCGGCGCAGCGCGCGUUGAAGUCAAACAUGCAAGCUUCCUUCAUAGAGAUUUGUGAUAUCGUCACAAUAACCGGAAUCAUCUAAUCGAGGACGGAGUAGAUCAUCCAGGCGACCCUUUACGUUACCAGUGAGUUGUCGAUGUAGAAUAGCUGAGACGUCAUUGAGAUCAAGAUGGUGGAUAUAGCAGCGUGUUAGAAAGAGCUUGGUGGUAUCAUCGCCCCUUUAGAUAUCAUUAGAAGAUUACAGAACUGAAUCGCGUUGCCGCAUACAGUGUAUUGAAUUUUGACCUGUAGUCAUUGGAUAAGACAAUGUAUUCUCCUGGCUAAAAUAUAUCUUGUGAGCUUUGCGUAUAUCACCACGCAUACUUCUCUACUCAGAAUGGGG